GCUAAGAGAGUGCUGUGUGCUCCUCCAAUACACUGAAUGUGUUGUGUCAGGCUAAGACCUGUGUUAGCACAUUUGGCUCAGAGCACAAUAGGACUGUCCUGUGCUCUGAAAAGGAAAGAGAAGGGAGGGGAGAGGCCGCUCUGCUGCUCCUGCCCACCUCUCGUCACCCAAGCCUCAUGUAACCAGGAAGUUCAAAAAAGUGACUGGACUGAAAAUAGAGAUCUGCAGCACACGGAGACCAUGACAUGUGUGCACAAUGUUUAAUUCAUCCCUUAACUCUCACAGAAAAGUAUGUGAACCCUGUAACCCUGUAUGCUGUGAGUGCGACUGCUCUUCAAUGAAGAACAAAGAACACCAGCCAUCAGCUGACUCCUUCCUAUCUCUUAGUAUAGCUGGCAUCUCCUUGGUGUUGGGCGAGCUGUGACAUGCCGGCGUUGCCACACUUAGACAAUGAGAGAUGGAGCAUCUUCUGGGCCCCCAGUGGGAGGGAAUCGGUACAGAGGAACCAUCCUCUCCCACUGCACAGAUCGCAGGCAACAGACUUAUCCUGGAUGUUUACCUGGAUGGAUGUGAGAGGUUCCUGCAGGUGACAGAGAAUCAGACAAAUGACCUGGCGGAGGUGGAGUUUCUCCGACUUUGCAGCAAUGAUACAAUGAUAAUGUCAGUGGUGGCCGAUCUGCCAAGGUUCAUCGGUCUUAGAUCAUUGGUAUUGAAAGGUGGACAUCUACGGGACGAUUAUGGACGCUGUCAGUGUGGUUUGCUGACCUCCCUACCACCAGAUAUCAGUAAGCUUUCCAAGCUGCGCCACCUGGAUCUCAGCUUCAACAGCUUUGCAGAGAUGCCACCCUGUGUCACUGCCCUUUCAUUACUUACCACUCUCCAUCUUAGCUUCAACCAACUUAGGACACUUCCAGAUGAGAUUGGUGAGCUGACAUUUUUGACAGAUCUCUCACUCAUGUCUAACCAGCUGGCAGAGCUCUCUGCAGGCAUCGGGCAGCUAAAAAACCUGGAGAAAGUGGACUUGUCUGAAAACAGGCUGGAAUCUCUACCGGAGGAGGUCGGAAACCUGCACAAAUGUAUUGAUUUAGAUCUGUCUGGGAACAAACUUGCCAAUCUUCCUGAAACUGUGUGUAACAUGAUGUCGCUCCAGCAGCUUUACCUUCACAACAAUGUCCUUGUGGCUGUCCCAGCAGGUCUGGCCAGUCUGCCUCAUCUCUCUCGUCUGGACUUACAGAACAACAGGUUACGCACUGUCCCUAUGGAAAUUAUACAGUGCUCUUGUGUAUAUCUACAAGGGAAUCCCAUAGGUGAACCUGAGCCCUCAGCACUUUCUGAAGAUGAAAGUCAAAGCUUAGACAUAAAGGAGCUUUAUGUGAAACCAGAAGACAAGAGUUUUUGUGUCACACCAGAUGGAUGCUGGGUAUUCCUCCCACAUGGCUUUCACCUUUGUUUUCCUCCUGGAGCUGUAUCUUGUAACACAAGAAUAUAUUAUCAGAUACUGGUUCCAGACCAGCAACAUGUAAGGCUUGGACACCAUGAUGUGCUGCUAAGUAGCACCCUGGAGCUACAGCCUCAUGGCAUACAGUUCCUUCAGGAUGUGGAAAUCAAGAUCCCAUUUGCCUUUCUUAAGCCUGUGCCAAAGCGUGAGGUGGUUAUUAGGACUUUUAUUGACAGUUCUGGAUCAUGGAUGGACAUGAGCACCACUACAAAGGAGAAGUCAUUGUAUGAGAUGCUGGCAUCUUGUAAGACACCUCACUUCUCCUGGUUCCUUGUGGUCUCACGUUUAGUUGAAGAUAGCUGUGAGGUUCCACAAGAAGGGGAGCUGCUGUUCUCCUCCGUGGACCAAAACAUCCGGGUCGAAUUUCCACCAGGUGCAACUGCAGAGACUCGAACAGUUCGCAUGCAGGUUUUGCCAGUCUCCAGGAAAAUGUUGGAGAAUAUCACUGGAGAUGUGGAGUCCUCCACAAGUCCCCUCUUAUGUCUAUCACAAAAUUCAGCAGACAACUUUUUGAGUCCUGUUAAGAUUCAGUUGCCCCUCCCGCCGGGUGUGACAGGUGACACCCUGGACCGCUCCCGUCUGUUCCUUUUGCAUGGAGAUCCACGGGCACAGACAUGGACUGACAUAACCAACCAGGUGGUGUUACAGAUCACUCAUAUUUAUGCUCACUUUCAGGUGGAUCAUUUUUCUUGGUACUGGCUGUGGUAUACCACAAAGUCCUAUGUGGGUGAGCUGGCCAAGAAUGUGUACAAGCGGCUGCGGAUGUACCAGGUCAACUUUGUUGCUUUGCAGAGGAAGCGAGACCCAGAGCAGGUGCUGCUACAGUGUGUCCCUAAGCAUAAGGUGGAGUCAACAGUUAAGAGACUGCAGGAUAGAUACAAGGGCCCGGAGCCAUCUGACCUUGUUGAACUUGUGGAAGGAGAACAGUUCUUUGCAACAUUUGAACAAGGUCUAAAGCUGUAUUCAGAGCGUCCUGAUUGUGUAGAUGGUAGAAUAUGUUUUGUGUUCUACUCACGGAUGAAAAACAUGAAGGAGGUCUAUGUUACAUCAUCUGUUGAAAGGAUGGAGAAAGAUGUUAAGGGACAGGUUUCUUUUUACCGUGGACUGGUCCCAGAAGGUCUUCCAGAGGAGGUAACCAAACAUAGGAAAGGCUCUCGAUCCGACUGGAUGGCAACGCUGCCUAUCAAACUGCCUAGGAGAAAAAGCUCAAAUGAAGAUCAUGAAAGGCAAAAGAAUGACGGUUUACUGCCCCCACUGAAUAUAGGCAAUCCUGAGAUGGGUUAUCUGACAGAAACCAACCUACUCAGCAUCGCCAGUCAGAUUGGAUCAGAUUGGAUGAACAUUGGUAUUAAUCUGGGACUGUCGUAUCAUGAGCUGGAACGUAUAAGUUUUAAGAACAGCAAAGACUUGAAUCAGCUAAUCUUGGAUAUGAUAUUUUUAUGGGCCCGGAAUAACUCUGAGCAGCCGGACUGUGUACAGAAAUUAGUGCAGGCCAUGCGGAAUAGCAAAAGAAAUGACAUAGCUGACGAAAUAGAAGAUGUGAUCACUUUGGGAAAGGAAAAAUAUACACAUUCCAUCCGAAGAGUCGGUCUGGACCGAGGCAACAGCAGUGAAGACUCUGCCAUUGCAAUGAGUCAGUCAUAAAGUCAGAAUGGACACGGCUGGAGACUGAAGCACUCUCUACAAUCAGUCUAGACCCAUAGUGGGGCUUUGGCUUUCAUAGGCAUAAUGUGAACCACUGGAAUCUCAUAUUGAGGUUUUUGCUGUCAUAUACAGUUUAUACAUUUUAUUGUCAUAUACUGGAGCUAUGUAUGAGCGUGUUCUCUCUGUCAUCUCAGGUGUUUGGUUUAUAAGCAAACAUGUUAAAGAGGCAGGAGCUGUUGGGCUGGGCAUGGGUAACGUGCAACAAGAGGGUUUCAUAAAUUGCAUUAUAAUGUAGAUUAUAAAAGCAGCUGCUCUUUCAGUCUCAUGCACACAGCCAUAUUAUGAAGCCAUUUUGUACAGCGAUGUGAUAGGUUUCCUAUUCAACCAAAUGAGGCUUGACUGUACUUCCGAAGGCCUCAGAUUGAAUAUAGAAUCUGAAAGAAAAACUGUGUCAUGUUUGUAUGGGAGAAUUCUUCUGUACAUAUGGCAGCACACAAAGGAGCUUCUAUGCAUCCCAGUACAGUCUCUGUGCACACAGGUUAGCAUGAGGCCUUAAAGGGGUACUCUGGUGGAAAACUUUUUUUUUU